AUGGAGAUUCCCAGUGCCAGUAGAAGCAAAGCACCCCCACAGCAUCACAGAUCCUCUCCUGUGCUUCACAGUAGGCAAAGUGUUCUUCUCUUUGUAUGCUUCCUUCUUCCUGCGCCACACGUAUCGUUGAUACAUAGGACCAAAGACCUCCAGCUUGGUUUCAUCAUUCUAGAGAACAUUGUCCCAGAACUUCUAUGGCUUUGUCAGAUUGCUGGGGAAGUUGAUGUGAACUGGGAAGAAAAGACAAAUCGGACACCAUUUAAUGUUUCUGUCAAGCAUGGGCAUCUAGGAGCAGUCAAAUUUAUCAUAACUAAAGGAGCGAAGCAGAAUACAUAUGACGGAAUGACUCCACUCUAUGCUGCAGCUGAAUUCAGUCAUUUAGAUCUCGUCAAACUCUUCAUUUCCAAUGGGGCUGAUGUGAAUGAAGAAAAUGAUGUUGGGAUGAUUCCUCUCCAUGGUGCGGCAAUUAAUGGUAACAUUAAAAUAAUGAAUUACCUGAUUGAAUGUGGGUCAGAUGUGAACAAGAAUGGUCCGAAGGGUUGGACACCAUUCAAUGCUGCUAUACAAUACGGUCAUCUAGAAGCUGUGAAAUAUCUCAUCGAUAGAGGAGCAAAGCAGAGCAGAUUUAAUGGAAUGACCCCAAUCUAUGCAGCAGCUCAAUUUGGCCAUUUAGAUAUCGUGAAAUUCUUCAUUUCAAAUGGUGCUGAUGUGAAUGAAGAACAUCACAAGGGGAUGAUUCCUCUUCAUGGCGCUGCUGCUCGAGGCCAUCUGAAAAUCAUGGAAUAUCUCAUCGAACUAGGAUCAGAUGUGGACAAAGCUAAUUCAAACGGUUGGACACCAUUUAAUGCAGCAAUUCAGUACGGCCGUCUUGAAGCUGUCAAAUAUCUAAUAAAUGGAGAUGCCAAGCAGAACAGAUAUGCUGGAAUGACCCCACUUUAUGCUGCAACUGCAUUCGGUCACCUAGAUAUUGUGAGAUUCUUUAUUUCCAAUGGCGUUAAUGUAAAUGAGGAAAAUGAUGGCGGCAAGAUUCCCCUCCAUGUAGCUGUUACUAAAGGAAACAUGGAAAUCAUAAAAUAUCUCAUUCACAAUGGCUCUGAUGUGAACAUUACUGACCCAAAGGGUUGGACACCAUUCAAUGCUGCUAUCCAAUACGGUCACCUAGAAGCUGUCAAAUAUCUCAUCGAUAAAGGAGCAAAGCAGAACAGAUUUAAUGGAAUGACCCCACUCUAUGCAGCAGCUCGAUUCGGCCAUUUAGAUAUCGUGAAAUUCUUCAUUUCAAAUGGUGCUGAUGUGAAUGAAGAACAUCACAAGGGGAUGAUUCCUCUUCAUGGCGCUGCUGCUCGAGGCCAUCUGAAAAUCAUGGAAUAUCUCAUCGAACUAGGAUCAGAUGUGGACAAAGCUAAUUCAAACGGUUGGACACCAUUUAAUGCAGCAAUUCAGUACGGCCGUCUUGAAGCUGUCAAAUAUCUAAUAAAUGGAGAUACCAAGCUGAACAGAUAUGCUGGAAUGACCCCACUUUAUGCUGCAACUGCAUUCGGUCACCUAGAUAUUGUGAGAUUCUUUAUUUCCAAUGGCGUUAAUGUAAAUGAGGAAAAUGAUGGCGGCAAGAUUCCCCUCCAUGUAGCUGUUACUAAAGGAAACAUGGAAAUCAUAAAAUAUCUCAUUCACAAUGGCUCUGAUGUGAACAUUACUGACCCAAAGGGUUGGACACCAUUCAAUGCUGCUAUCCAAUACGGUCACCUAGAAGCUGUCAAAUAUCUCAUAGAUAAAGGAUCCAAGCAGAACAGAUACAAUGGAAUGACUCCAUUAUAUGCUGCAGCUGUAUUCGGCUUUUUAGAUAUCGUGAAAUUCUUCAUUUCUGACGGGGCUGAUGUGAAUGAGGAAAAUGAUAAUGGGGUGAUUCCUCUUCAUGGUGCUGCUGCACGAGGCCAUCUACAAAUCAUGAAUUAUCUCAUUCUACAAGGGUCUGAUGUUAGCAAGGCUGAUCAAAACGGUUGGACACCAUUUAAUGCUGCAAUUGAAUACGGUCAUCUAGAAGGUGUGAGAUAUCUCAUGGAUAAAGGAGCCAAGCAGAACAGGUAUGGCGGCUUGACUCCACUAUUCGCAGCUUCAUACCUUGGUCAUUUAGAUAUCGUUCAAUUCUUCAUUUCAAAUGGCGCUGAUGUCAAUGAAGAAAAUGGUGAUGGGAGGAUUCCUCUCCAUGGAGCUGCAUUUAAAGGAAACAUGGAAAUCAUGGAAUGUCUCAUUCAACAGGGCUCUGAUGUGAAUAAAGCUGAUUCAAACGGUUCGACCCCAUUCAAUGCUGCUAUCAAAUACGGCCAUAUAGAAGCUGUGAAAUAUCUCUUGGACAAAGGGGCCAAGCAGGACAAACAUGAUGGAAUGACCACACUUAGUGCUGCAGCGAAAUUUGGUCACUUGAAUAUAGUAAAAUUUUUAAUUUCCAAUGGUGCUGACGUUGAUGCAGAACACGAUAAUGGCAGAAUUCCAUUACACGAAGCUGUUAUUACUGGUAACAUGAAGAUCAUGGAAUUUCUCAUUCAACAAGGAUCUAAUGUUAACAAAGGAGAUCAGAAAGGAUCGACUCCAUUCAAUGUUGCAAUUCAGUAUGGUCAAUUAGAAGCUGCGAAAUGUCUAAUAGAUAAAGACGUCAAACAGAACAGAUACGCUGGAAUGACCCCACUCUACGCUGCAGCUGAAUUCGGUCAUUUAGAUAUCGUCAAAUUCUUCAUUUACAAUGGGGCUGAUGUGAAUGAGGAAACUGACAAUGGGGUGAUUCCUAUUCAUGGUGCUGCUGCACGAGGCCAUCUACAAAUCAUGAAUUAUCUUAUUCUACAAGGGUCUGAUGUUAACAAGGCUGACCAAAACGGUUGGACACCAUUCAAUGCUGCCAUCCAAUACGGCCAUCUAGAUGCUAUCAAAUAUCUUCUGAGAAAUGGAGCAGUACAAACAAGAUACGAUGGAACGGUCCCACUCUAUAUUGCGGCACAAGCCGGGUAUUUAGAUAUUGUCCGAUUCUUGAUAUCCAAUGAUGCUGACGUCAAUGAGGUAGAUGACGAAGGGAUGAUUGCUCUACACGCUGCUUCCCGUAAUGGUAACAUUGAAAUCGUGAAAUACCUCGUUCAGCAAGGUUCUGAUGUAAACAAGGUAGACCACAGUGGGCUAACACCACUGAAUGCAACAAUCAUUGAAGGCCAGUUGAAAGUUGUAAAAUUUCUCAUUGCUAAAGGAGCCAAUUAUUCAAGUUAUGAAGGUAUGACUCCACUUUACAUCGCAACACAAUACGACCAUAUCGACGUAGUGAAAUUCCUCGUGUCGGAAGGUGUCAGUGUAAACGAAGGCACAGAAAGCGGGAAAUCCCCGCUUCAUGCAGCAUGUUACAAUGGGAACAUUGAUAUUGUAGACUUCCUACUUCUCAACAAUGCUAAUGUGGAUAAACAAGAUCAAGAUGGGUGGACACCACUUCAAGCCGCUACACAAGAAGGCCAUCUAAACGUAAUCAAGUAUCUUUCAGUGUGUGGUGCAGACAUGAAGGAUGUGGAUGCUACAACUUCGAUACAGACGUCGUUAAACACUGAUCAUUCUACUCCUCAAAGAGAAUAG